CUCCAUGUCAUGUGCCAAAGGAAACAGACUGGCAACCUGGCUAGUCUAGCCUAUUAAAUUGCAGUGGUUCAUAACCGCUUCAUGAAAAGUGGGCAAUUCAACUGAUGAGUAGAUAUUCUUAUAUAGUCCUCCUAUCGAAGCUGAGAAUGACAGAAGAGGUGGCAAAUCUAACUCUCACCACGUCAACAUCUUUCCGAAGCCUGAAUCUCGAGAGUCGAUUUCUUAAGGACUCAACUUGCCACAAUCUUACCAUUUCCAUACUCUAAAUGGACAUUUGGGCAUAGGACCGCUGAUUUAAGGACUACUGCUCUCUGAUCAUCCGCGGUUUAUCGGAUUCAGCAGUGAGAUUUCGUUUGUUUGUUCUGUCUCCAUCUCAACGCCUUCGAUUGGAACACCCCCAACGCCGAUCAUUUUAAUGCCUACUGAUCUUAAUUUGAUCUGCGAGCGCAAGAAAAUAGGUUACAAAGCCAGGCUACAACGCGCAGUACACGACAAUCAAAAAUUAUUGAGCGACUACCCCGCAGAAGAAUCUGACCGAGUGUCAGCAACACGGGCUACAGUAGCUGGCUGCCUGGAUUUACCAACUGCAACUACAGGCGCCCGUGCCCGUAUUACCAGUUGAGCCAAGACUUGUAGGGGAAAAAAAUAACCGAUUCAAAUCGUUGACUGUUAUUUCUCAAAGAAGCUCCGAAGACUGGAAAUCUGACCCUUUUUAAUGGUGAAUAACAGCUUCGUGAUAUGGAGCUGACGUGUUUUCCCCACAUGACCGUUGCACUUGCUGUCCUUAUAUGCGUUAUCGGUGUAGGGACGGUAUUUUGAAGAUACCAGGCAGUCACAAUAGCCUACAACCUAUGAAACUUCAUCCAAGUGGACGCUGAUGGUGCACGACUGCCUUGUAAAAACACAGUUUGUCGACUCUUUUGAUGUAGGUUAUUUUGAGAUUAUCAUAAGCAGCUUUGGAGACGUUUAGAUUUUUUUUGCGUUACAUAUGCAUUGAAAGGAGCCUGGAAUUGGACUUUUCUAUCGCGAAAUGAAUGAGGAUAUAAGAGGAGAGCUACACAAGCAAAACAAAUAAGCAACGUGAAAAUAACUAAAGGACAACAGCGAUUUAAACGUGCUAGCUUGUGUGGACUCCACACUAUUUAAUUUGAGGUAUUAGGAUUUUUAUUGAGUUUUUAUUUCGUUGUGAUUUUUGUAGACAUUAUCAACUCAUCUUUUACUUCUUCAAUCCUUUCCAUAGUUCGUAUGACAGUUCUUCAUGUAACGGUUUUGUGGACUGGUCACUUUGCUGGAAGGAAAGAGGUCAUCAUCACUGUUUUGGUUUACACUGAAGCAGUGGCAAGAAGCUGAUCAGUAUCACCUGAGGCUGCCCCGCGACCAUUCGGUGUUUCAUGUGCCAGCCUCACUGAAUGGUCGGAAUAGAGCUCUCACGAGCCAUCAACAACUCAGAUGCGACCCGGUACAUUUCAAAUAUCUGCAAAGGCUGUUGAUGGAGAGGAUUUCGAAUGACAGCCGGGACAGUGGUCAUCACAGGCGGUAUUUUAGCUACAGUUAUCUUACUGUGCAUCAUCGCAGUACUGUGUUACUGUAGGCUGCAGUAUUAUUGCUGUAAGAAAGAGGAGUCUGAGUCGGAGGAGGAGGAGCCCGACUUCGCGGUGACGUCCCGCCUCCCGCCUGUACACGCCAACCACACCAUCGUGGCGGCGUCGGCCGCCGCCUCCAACCCCAACGGCCCCGCCCUCUUCACCCCGCCGUUGGCGCGUAAACUGACGCGCUCGCAGACAUUCUGCCCGUCGUGCACGCACCAUGAGCUGCCCUUCUACCUGCAGCACCCAGACGGACUGCGGAACGGCGGAGACCGCAUCAGCUACCGCAGUGUCCAGCAACACGACCUGGACCUGCCCUUAGAAAUCCCCAGCUACCACAAACUCAACCUGACACGGUCGGUCACUAUGAGGGACAUGUUCAACCGCAGCUGCAGCAUCAGCACUGACGUUUAGUGGCAUCAGCGCCACCUAGUGGCAUUGAGGACUCAUGGAAAUGGAUGGAUAAUACAAUUGGGACAGAUAGUGGGACUGUGAUUCUCCCAUGAACCUCUGUCUUACGCUCAGUUAUAACCACACAUUAACUGGCGAAAAGAUAAAUCUGCGAGUUUGUCCUCUCCUCAUUCUGCUUGUUCUGUGGGUACAGUAGGAUGUUGACCCUGAAAUACCAUAGAGUUUCUACACUGUCUGGACUCAUACUGUUGGAUUACCUUAAAUCUAAACCACCUUCUGGGAUUACCUUAAAUCUAAACCACCUUCUGGUUUAAGUCCACCAAAUCAACCCAAGCUUUAAAUGACAAAAAAACAGACUUUGCGUAGUUUCUGCUAAAGAAACCACCAGAGACUGUGUCUCUCCACCAAUCCCCAGCCUGAUCACCAGAAGGGGGACGGAGCAGAUCAUAUCCCAAGUUAUGGAUUAUUCAUCCAUCGCAUCAUGGUUUGGAAAUGGAGGAAGAGAGGGGGAAGAACAUGUCAAAGACCAUAAAAACAUAGGAGAUAAAAGGCUUGGGUUGGAGAGUAGGGGGUGGAGUCCUCUGCUCUGUUUUCUACAUGCAGUUUUUUUGGAGGGGGAGAGAGAGAGAGCCGGGUUGCUACGAGAGCAUUAGAGACUUGCUGCUUCUCAUGGAGGACCAACCAGUGGUGAAUGCUUGAUCUUUUCUUGUACAUAAAGCAGGAGAUUGGGAUUCUGUUCUUAAUCUCAAUGUGGAUCAAGUUAGGAUGAGAGGUGUGUGUUUUGCAUACCAAGGAAGUGAUAUCUGGACAUAAUCCGAGCCAGCGCUGUACACAACACGUUAUGAUACUUUUUCAGACUCGAAUUGGGUUGCAAUAACAUUAAAAGGACACUAAAGGGGGGGCGUUUAAGUGAAGUUAUUUAUUAAUGUGAUUUACCAAACAGAAUGUGUCCGGGGUUGGCUUAACCCGUUGGGAUAAAAAAAAGAAGAAGCUAAAUGGAUUUUUGAAAAUAGUUGUCCUUUUUUCAAAGUUUUACUUCAGUCGUUGUCAUUAUUGAAUAUUGUGAAACAGCAUCCAUACUAUUUAUGUCUGAGUGCUGAGAAACCAUACAGACGAGAAGAAAAAAAUAUAUUUUAUACACUUUACUAUGUAAUUUAUGGUUAUCUUGUUCACUGGAGUUUCAAAUCGUGGUAUUUUCACCGGAUUCCUAAGAUCCAUAGGCUAAUAAAUCUAAACAACAUUUUGUGGUUUAUCUUCAUUCGAUUGGAUUGGAUUUGGUUUAGCUCCCUCUCCACCCACCUUGUUGGACUAGGGGGAUGAACUCUGCACUCGAUUUAGAGGCCUGGGAGAGUAUGACUCUUCUCUCUGAGCUCUGCAAGCAGGACUGAAGGAAGCGCUGUGCUGUGUGCGCAGUAUAGUCAGGAUGGGGAUGGAGUUUGUGUUUUUAUGCCCACGGGCCACUCUUUCUAUCAGAUUAUUUACUGCAGAGAUUAAAUCAGAGUGGGUGGGGGCUGGCAUCUGAUUGGCUCCCUCAUAUUAUUGUCCUCUCACUCCCUCAUAUUAUUGUCCUCUCACUCCAUCUGUACAUUCAGUGGUAGUGGAUGUUUUGCCUCUUUUUGUCUUCUUCCUUUUACCACCACCAGUUGACUAGCAAACACAGUUGUUGUUUUGUUUGUUUUGUCCCAGCAAAUUAAACAAUUUAUCCAAACGG